AUGUAUCAUAUCUCCAAGUUCCCUCGAAACGAAAAUUGUACCAUCUACAACACUAUGGCCGCCAAGUUUGCUAUCAAGUCUUUAGACCACCUGGUCUUGACAGUCCGGUCCAUCCCCGUCUCCGUCGCAUUCUAUACAAGCCAUCUGGGGAUGAAACAUGAAGUCUUCUCUUCACCUAGCAGUCCAGACAUUCAACGACAUGCCCUUCUCUUCGGGUCCCAGAAAAUCAACCUGCACGAGAGCGGGAAGGAAUUCGAGCCCAAGGCCCAGAAUGUCAUGCCAGGAAGCGCAGACCUCUGCUUUCUGACAGACACCAAAGUGGAUAAUGUUCUCAAAGCUCUCGAAGAAGCUAAGAUCGACGUCCUCGAAGGUAACAAAGUCGUGGAACGCACGGGUGCGGUGGGGAAGAUCCGGAGUGUUUAUGUGCGUGAUCCGGAUGGCAACUUGAUUGAAAUAUCAAACUACUGUUAA